GUAUGUACAAUACCUAUCUAUUAUACUUUUGUGUUAGUGUCUUUUAAGUGCUAAAUACCAAACUUAACAUUCCCAAAUCUACAAGAUAUUAGUCAUAUCAUAGACUGUGUAGAAAAAACCUCAAAUAGUGUUAAAGACUGGACGUCAACAUUGCUCAAUAGAAAAGAACUAUAUUUAUUCCAUACUAAUAUAAGGUCUAUGCGUAAGAAUUUCAAUGAUCUCUUGGUUACCACCAAAGACUGCUUAUGUGAUCUAGAUAUUAUUGUAAUUACAGAAGCAAACCUAAAACAUAGUGAACUAUGUAUGUACAAUAUAAAAGGUUAUGAUAUUAAUAGUUGUACUAGAGCUGGUCGAACUGGUGGGGGUGUGUUAGUAUACACUCAUGUUGACCUAUGUGCUCAGCCUUACUUAUGUCCAAUUCAAUUUAAAACUGCUGAAGUGGUCAUUGUUACAGUGGGUCAAAGUGCAAAUUUAACUUUCAUAAUAUCAAUAUACAGGCCGCCAAGAAUAAAUAAACAAUCAAAAAUUUUACACUUUAUAUCAGAACUCAAUACACUUCUACAACAUUUGCCUAAAUCAAGCAAAGUAAUAUUGUGUGGGGACAUCAAUAUAAACCUAUUGGACCGGUCUGACUCCAAAACAUUAAAGUAUGAAAACUUAUUGUCUGACUAUGGAUUCACUAAAUGUAUCAGUGAUGUUACUAGAAGAGAAAUAUGUAAUGGGGUUAUUGUUGAGUCAUGUAUUGAUCAUAUAUUUGUGCGUGCACCUACAUUUGAAAUCAAAUCUGCAGUAAUACUUCAUAAAAUUUCAGAUCAUUAUUGUACGGCUGUGGCACUGGAGUCUCUUAAUACACAUGGUGAUGUGCCGAGCGGGUCAACCGGCGCCGCCGGUGCCGCUCCUCCAUACCGUGCCGGUGAGUCCGGGAGCGCUCGACGGAGCCGGCGUCGCCGCUCGGCCCGCUCGACGCGCCCCGCCCCCACUGCCCCCAGCUCAGGUACCCAACGCCCUGUAUUAGAUAAUAAAAAAGUGCGAGAUGCUCUGUUAGAAACAGAUUUCUCUCAACUAAUUCAUAUAGAAUGUCCAUUAAAAUUAUAUAACGAAACUAUAAAGCUAUUUAAAAGUGUAUAUGAUAAAAACUCUAAAAUUAAAAUUAUAACUAGUAGUAAUAGAGAUAAUAAGAGUUGGGUAACAGAAAAUAUGAAAGUUAUGUUAUUAGAGAGAGACAAACUAUUUUUAAUCUGGUUGAAUGAUAAGAAAAACAUGCAAAAAAGACUUAAUUAUACUAAAUACAGAAAUAAAUGUCAAAAAACAUUCUUUAAGAAGAGAUGUGAAUUUGAACGACAAAGUAUUAUUGAUUGUAAGAAAGAUAGUCGCAAGGUAUGGGAAAAAAUUAAUGCAAUGUUAGGAAAUGUCAAAAAGUCACCCGAUGAUAUUAUUUUAAAACAUUUAAAGCAUUUAGGUACUAAUUCUAAUAUAUCAACUAGUUUUGCAGAUACUUUUAAAGAUGAAAUAGAACAGAUAAGACAUAAUUGUGAUACUAAGUUCCUGUCCAGAGAGAAUUAUGUAAAAGAAGCACCUAUCUCUAUGAGAUGGCAACCGGUAACAAGUAAAGAUGUGUAUAAGAUAAUUCGUAACAUGAGUGUAAGAAAAUCAGCAGGUAGCGAUCUCAUAAGAAUGUGUGAUUUAAAAUGUAUUAUAGAUAAAAUAAGCCCCAUAAUUGCUAAACUUACCAACCUCUGUGUGAUCCAUUCUAAGUUCCCUGAACGUUUAAAAGAAGCUAUUCUACGCCCCAUAUUUAAAAAAGGUGAUCACAAAUUAACUACUAACUAUAGACCCAUCGCCAUUUUGUCAAGCAUAGAGAAAGUCAUUGAAAAAUGUAUUGUGAACCAAUUAGGCUCAUUCUUAAGCAAUAACAACAUCUUGGACCCUAAUCAACAUGGUUUCCAGAGAGGCAGAAGUACUGGAACUCUUUUAACUAACUUUACAGACAAUAUUAAUACACAUCUCAAUAACAAACAAUUUAUUGUAGCAAUAUUUUUUGAUUUCAAGAAAGCGUUCGACACCCUCGAGCACGAGAUGCUGCUUCGCGCCAUGGGGGAGUGCGGGGUGAGGGGGCCAAUGAACGAGUGGUUCCGAGACUACCUCACCUCGCGCUCUUACCGCGUGCGUGUGGCGGACUCGCUCAGCGAGCCGCGGGGCGUGCGCUGCGGGGUGCCGCAGGGCUCGGCGGCCGGGCCCGUGUGCUACCUGAUGCUGGUCAACAGCCUAUGCCGGGUGCUGCGGCACUGCUCGGCGUACAUGUUUGCGGAUGACCUGUGCGCGUUCCUCGCGGGCCGUGAUAUGGCCGAGGUCCAGCGUCUUGUGCAAGAGGACGUAGAUAACGUAAUUAAAUGGUCACACGAUAAUGGAAUAAUAAUUAAUGCAGAUAAAACCAAAAUGUUAGUCAUUCACUCACCGUAUGCUUUAUUAUCAAAUAACACUUGUAAUAUAAUAACACAUUCGUACGAAUGUUUUCAUAGAAUGCAAAAUCACUGCACGUGUGGGUCUAUAGAACGAGUCGAACAAGUCACUUACCUUGGUAUGCAAAUAGAUGAGAACUUCGGAUGGAUCAAACAUGUAGAUUAUGUUAUGAACAAAUUAAGAAUUUUAUUAAGUAAAUUCUAUCAACUAAGCUUUAAAGUACCUAGAAGUAUAUUGAAAUGUCUUUAUCUAGCCCUGGUUGACAGUAUAAUUGGUUAUUCUCUGCACUGUUAUGGACUUACAUUCAAAACUCAUAUUGAAAAGAUAGAAAAAAUGCAAAUAAAAUUCUUAAAAUUAAUUAUAGAUAAAAAGACAAAAGCUAAAUGUAACCACGAUUAUAGAAUCCUUUUUGAAACAUGUAACAUUUUACCAGCAAGCCUUAAGCAUAAAUAUCUCCUCCUUGUAAACAGCCAUGGUAGUGAAGAACAUAAAAUACCUAUCCAGCAUACUUGCGGCACAAGAGGGGCUGUGCAAGGAAGGUACCAAAUACCAUAUACAAAUAAUUAUUUUGGUGGAAGAAUGCUCUGUAAACAAAUACCCAAAUUAUAUAAUGAAUUGCCGGUAAGUAUUAAAAAUGAGAAAAAAUUAUCUUUAUUUAAAACAUUAUUAAAAAAACAUUUACUUAAAACUUAUUACGAUACCUAAAACUUAUUAUGAUUGAGAGUGGUGCCUUCCUUGCACUGCUCACUUGACACAGUCAAUAUAUUGUUUAUUUUGUUAAUUUUUAAAUAACAGCUUAAUUAAAAUGUCACCGUUUACCCACAGUCAAACCAAAAAUAUUGGUUUUGUGGGAAUUCUUCUGUACCCUAUGUAUCACUGCAA